UCUGCAUGCAUCUUCAGAGAGAGACAGUGCUUCAUUCAAAAAAAGGAGCAUGUUCAUUCAUAAAAGAUGCAAUAAGAAAGACAAGAGGAUAGCAAAGGGAUACUUUAAAACCUUGUUGGUGACCUAAAGAUAGUAAAGCAGGAUAUCUCAUGCUGGCUGUGCAGGCAUGCUGAAGCACACCAAAUACAGUCGUCUACAUGAGGACUCAAGAACCACCCUGGAGGAUUCGCCUGCACACGAUCCAUCAUCCACCACGAGGGACUUCAUCCCCAACUGCCCAUCACAAAGUCAUGUCUCUCAGCCGAGCUUGAGCACUGACAGACCCUCAGACAGAAGUCCGAAUGUGACCCAUCCACCCAAACGACCAAUGACCUCCCAUCACAUGUGCAGUUUUCCCCAGACUCCAAGUGCUCUUUCGACCUGCGCUCUACACAAACAGUGCUGCUCAGGGGUCUACAGAGUGGUCCACCAUCACAUAAAGUACAUGGGCAGUGUGGAGGUAACCCAGUCCAUGAGAACCCUCGACUUUGACACAAGGAAGCAAGUAACGCGGGAAGCCAUCAACAGACUGUGUAAGAGGCUGUCUGUGAAGACCACAGUGAAAAAUAAGAGUCCUCAACACAAGCAGCUGUCUUUUGUACUGGGUCAAAGCAAUCUGCAGUUUUCGGGCAGGAAAGUCAUCCUCACCGUGUCCGCCGACACCCUCAAGCUUAUUGCCGCCUCCUCACAGAGAAUAGCGCAACACUCCAUCCAGGCGAUUUCAUUUGCCUCAGGAGGAGACCCUGACAUGGAAGACUACAUUGCAUAUGUUGCCAAAGAUUUUGACAAUCAGAGAGCGUGUCACAUCCUGGAGUGUCCUCAAGGUAGAGCAGCAGAGGUCAUCAGCAGCAUCGGUCGGGCCUUUGAGUCCCAGUUCCGACAGCUCCUGGGUCACACGCCGUCUCUCAUCUCCGCUGAUCCCAGGCCAGCCAGGAGAAUUCUCAAUAAAUUUAUCACAGAGGAAAGCAUAAUGGACCCAAAUGACCAAGAUGAUGACGAUGAUAAUGAAGCGGUCAGAGGCCAUCAUCACUACUAUAAUGUGAUUCCAGGGAAGACACCGCCUCUUGGCGGAAUAGAAGACCUGCGGGUCACAAGAGAUGAGAAGGAACAAGAAGCUGGCAAUCACUUGGUAAUAAAACUUGAAAAAGUGGCUUCCUCUCAAGAUGUCUCGCUCUAUGAGAACUGCUCCGUGACACAAGUUCUACCAACAGACUCUGAGAUGGCUGCCAGCAAGAGCGCGACAAACAUCCACAACCUGAUCCAGGAGGAAUGUUGGUUUCAUGGCAGGCUAGGAAGAAAGCAGGCCGAGUCCCUUCUAACGUGUAGUGGAGACUUCCUGGUCCGAGAGAGCAGCUCAGAUUGUGGUCAGUACGUCCUCAGUGGGAUGGACGGAACCACAGUGAGGCACCUCUUGCUGGUGGACCCACACGGCCAGGUUCGGACUUGUGACCAAGUCUUCCUGAGCGUAGGUCACCUGGUCCGCUUCCACAUGCAAAACCAGAUGCCCAUCAUGACCGGGAGCAGUGAGCUUUGUCUCAAGCAGCCAAUCCUGCAGGGACUCUAACAAAUGUGCAGUUGUGUGCACUGCUCUUGUUGACAUUCAAACUUUUAGCCACAUGCUACUUGUCCGGACUUGAAAAUGUAGUCAGAAAUUGUAAAAGAAAGGUCAACAUUGUUUUUAUCCUGCGAGGCCUUCUCAUUAACAGACUCUGCAUGAAGAAAGUGACACAACACGUAUACUUUUCAUUGUUUCAAAGCAUUUGGUGUCAACACACACAUUUUAAUGUUUCGAAGUACAAAAUAGUGUUAAAAUUAAUGUGUGAGGAAGCUCACAAUUUAUUUAGAUUUUUGGUGUUUUUCAUUACUUCAAAUUGUAUAUUGCGUAUAUGGAAUGUAGAUGGCAUAUUUACCGGAUUAAUAGUAUUUCUAUUUCAAGUAAUUACACUCAAUUCCCAUUUUUGUGUCAAUGUGCCUUUCUCUGUUUUUGUCACAUCACCAAGAGCACAAUCUCUAGUAUUGUCUGUUUUAAAGGAGUUAUGUGGAAGAAUUGCAUGUCAAGUCAUCAUUAAAUGGCCCUGCAUGUCACAAGGCAUUAAUAAAUCAUGUUCUUUUCUAA